UCUCGGUAACUUAAGUCUUACACUAAUACUUAAUUAUCUAUUUCUUAAUUUCAUGUUCUAGAAUGGACAGGCCAAUGAAUGUUAUAUUCACUCCCCGUCAGGCUCCUGGCGCAGGGAACACACAGCGUCUCUUCAACAUGAACCAUUACGCUACUAAGAAGAGUGCAGCACAGAGCAUGUUGGAUGUGGCUCUUCUGAUGGCGAACUCCUCUCAGCUGAAGACAGAGCUGCAUUCAGGAGCGCAGCACCGCUUCUAUGCUCCUCUUAUCGCUCUGAUCUCACUGCAGGUCGCUGUUGGCCUCCUACUCAUCUUCAUUGUGAAGUAUGACCUGAAUGAUGUUAAGAUACAGCCGAGGCUAAACACAAUGAAUGAUACGGCCACUGUUUUUGUGUUCUUUACUGUUCUUAUCAACAUCUUCAUCACAGAAUUGGGAUUAGAGUCUGGAGGGUGA